GGGAGGCCAACUCAUCAUGGUGGGUCAAAGGUCAAGAAACGACACUUGUUCAUCGCUUCUGCGGGACAACAUGAGCUGAACUCGGUCAUGGCCAGUCUGUUGUGAAUGAAAGAUGACAGUGUGAGAAAGGAAAACAACAGGUGAAAGUAAUUGUUCAUUAGGACUUCGUCAGCAGUGUGAUCCUGUCUGUGCUGCUUGGUCCUGUGACAGGUAACGUUAACGAGCCAUCAGUCCAGCGCUGAGUCGGGUUUCUUAUGUCGAACUACUGUGCUUUCUAUGAUCUAACUUGACCACUACAAGUAUUGUCUUGAAUGUUGGGCAGAAGAUAUUCAUACCUGAUCAACAAAUCUGAUGGACUGCAGUACCGCUAACUGAAUGUUUUUUCAGAACUACAGAAGUUUCCAAAAUAUCUAAUAAGACAUUGAACAUGUCCGCUGACCAAGUUGAGCGCACAGUUACUUUGCCCCACAGAGACCUGCAGCUGGGCCGUUCCCCUGAGAGUCAUUACAGCAACUUGUCACCGUCCCCUUCACUUGACUCCAACAGUAGCCUUUCCAACCUGAGUGACAGAGAAGCCUACAGCUCCCCUUACAUCAACACAAUGGAGGGCUGUCUCUGUGAUAGUACCCCUGUGGAUAACCCCUACAACAACACCUUACCACAUGUGUUCUGUGGUGUAAGUAUGAACCUGAACCAAACGUUUAUUGCCACACCUGUUAAUGCCAGUGUGAAUUUCUGGAAUGAAAACUUGAGUCUGAUAAGCAACCAUGAGACAGGAUCAGAGUACCUGACUUUUAGUAAGAACACAGAGGAUGUACGUAACAGUGCAGUGAGAUCUCCAGACUCUGCUGGGAGGGAAAGCCAGCUGAGUUCUUGUGAGAUCUCCAGUAGAGGAUCAACUGAGAAUGGCCGCUGCUCAGUGAACUCUGGGGAAAUGGUAAUAAGGAGCAACAGUUUUUGUCUGGAGGACCAGGCACUCUUGGUAGUCUCUUCCCUGGAGGAGUCGUCAAUCUCUCUAGAUGUUGGACAGCGAGCAUUGCCUGCUUCUGACUCUGCCCUGCUGUCAACCUCUCUGCCGGAUGUCUGCGAAAAAUCCACAGACAGAGUCACUGAGGAGAACAUAGGCCAUCCGUGUCUUGGAAUGACUUUCAUUCAGGCAGAGCUCACUACUGAGGAAUAUGAUAUGGCAACAUCCAACUCUUUUGUAGCUCUGCCAAGUGAGAAUGAAGGACGUCUUUUAAUGACAUUUGUCUGUGAAGCGUCUCCUGAGAGUGGAAAAGGGCCUGAGUUUGCUAGUGCUGACGGAGAGCCCCAUUUCCCUGGAGAACGUACGCCUGAAGAAGGGAAAACCUGUGUGUCCACUCGGUUAGCUAUGCAAGACAGAGAGAAGGAUUUUCAAACUUCUACUCCAUUACAAAACAUUGGGAACAAGAUACCCAGCCUCCCCUCCUUUUCAGAGUCUCCCUGCACUGGAAACGCAGGAAGCCCAGGACUCCAGUCUGUUAAACUGCAGCAAGUCUCUGUGACUCCUAAACAUUUGGUUGCAGGACCGCUGCCUUUAGCCAGCAAAGUCAAGAAAAUGGAAAUUAAGAAGUUUCCCAAGUCAGACUUCAGCAGUGUAAAAUCUAAAGUUGUGACACGAAGUACAGUUCCAAGCCCUGCUUCACAAGUAAAUGUGAACAAUAGACACACUGAUGCACAUAGAGGAGCAGCCAUCAGGAUGAGUGCUGCCAAAGUAAAAUGUAGCACUACAGUUAUCUCUACCACCACUCAAAUUGUCAGUGACACUCAGAGACAAGUGAAUACAGGGGCUACUAAUUUAGGUGUGACGAUGAUACGGUCACCUGGGCAUACUGCUGUUGAUGGACAGAGCACGACUAGAACAACCCCACCUUACCACCACCCAGCUGCGAGUAUACAUGCUUCGGCAGUCCAGUGCAGUAACACCAGCUCUGAAACAGAGCAAGCAGCCUCAGGCCAAGUGGCAGAUGAUGCUGCUCAGCAUGCUGGCAACCAGACAUUCUGCUUCUCAUCCUCAGAAAAAUCCCCUGAUAGAAGUUGCCAAACAGAUCCCAAACCAACUCCAAAGAAGGGCGUGUCAAACAAAAUUGAGGUCAGGUCAGGCUCAGCAUUGGGUCAGGCCAAGCCUUCUGUCCUCACGAUGAGGCCACGCUGCUCAUCGGAGAGUUUACCAUUGUCACCUAGGGCACACAACGAGAAGAGAACAACUCUAAGGACCUCAACCAGCUUUACCAUUCCUAAAGCUGACACCAGUCUGGGCCACAACAAACCAGGGAAUCUGAACUGCUCUUCCCAGAAUCAACGGGGCACAAAUGGACCUGCUGAAAACUCCACAAGGGAGGUUAAGAGGAUCAGCCUGGUGGCAGAUUCAAGCAAACUGACAACAGCAGGAGCCUCAUGGGAUGAGAAUAAGAGCAGAUUUCGAGUGCGGCCAUCUCCUAGACAAGCAAGAGGGACACCAAUUUCACAACCUCCAGCUGCCAGUCCCAAACCAGCCACUUUGUCAACCAGGCAAAGGCAGGGAACCCUGGGGCGGGAUGAAUUCAGGACCUUCAAAGCUGUAGGGACACCACAGUCCAAGCAGAAGAGCAGUACAGUCAGUCAGAGAGCGCAGGGAACAGGAGAGCCAUCCCUUGGAACUGGCUCAACGGCAAGUAUUAAGGCCCAGCUGAAUGGAUUCCGACCUCCUCAGACUCCUACACGCCCCGCUCUUAUGGGCCCUCCUGCUACUCCUGGUUCUAGACUACCACGCAGGACCCUGGGGCCAUCUAGGAGCCUUACUGAGGCCAGUGUUCACACUGAGCCAAGUGAACGCACUGGGAGUACACAAGUUUCUGGAGGAGCUGCACAUAAACCAACCCCAUUCAAAUCAGUUGUGCUUAAGGCUAGACUCAUCGCAACCCCUGGGAAAAACACUGGACUACCUUUGGCCACAGCAUGCAAACCUGCUGCUUCCACCAGUAAAGGAGCUUCAAGCUCUACACUCAGUCCACUGACAAGGGCCACUUCUGCCAGGCUCGUUCGUCUAACUCAAAGUGGACAUGUGGACAAGAACAAACCAAAGGCCAGCUCCCGCCAGCAACACCCGAAGCAGCAAGCAUGCCAACAAAACCAGAGUAAUGGACCUCCAGAUGUGGUACCAGCGAGAGUCACCGAGGGCGGGACAAAGGACCAGAGCAUCCAGCAGCUCAGAGGACUCCUGGCAGCUAGUAACUGCAGAUUUGAGGCUGUCGCCAUUGUCUUGCAGCAAACUUUGGCUGAGCGUGAUGAAGCCACAAGGCAGCGCAGGGAGCUGUCCCAGGAGCUUGUCGACCUCCGCGGAAAGCUGGUUUGCUCCGUCCAUUCAUCUGAACUUCUGGAGAAGGAGAAGGAUGAGUUGCGUGUUGCUUUGGAGGAAGCACUGCAGAAACUGCAGGAGCAGCACCAGAAGGACCUGACCGAGCUGGAGCAGAGACUACAGGCCUUCUACCAGGCUGAGUGGGACAAGGUCCACCUGACAUACCAGGAGGAGGCUGACAAAUGCAAGACACUCAUGCAAAAGCAGAUGGGAGAGCUUGAAGCCAAUCAUGAAGCCAUAAAGCUGGAACUAGAGAGCAAGCAUGCAGAGCAGCUGCAGUGUGUGAAACAGCAGUAUGAAAUGUCACUCGAAGAGCUCCGGCAAGUCCACAAUCAGGAGCGGCAGGCUUUGGACAAAACUUUGAAAGACGCAGAAGCCGCUCUAUCUGGACAGAUUGAAGAGCUGACUGUGGAGAACAAUGCCCUCAUUGAGAAGCUAACUGCAGAGGAGAACAGGAGGAAAGAGCUGGCCGAAAAGAGUCAGAAGGACUCCCACACCCUCUAUCUGGAGCAGGAGCUGGAAAGCCUCAAAGUGGUGCUGGAUAUCAAAAACAAACAGCUCCACCAGCAGGAAAAGAAGCUGAUGGAGAUCGACAAACUGAAAGAGAAAAAUGUGAAGUUGGAUGAGAGCCUUCAGAAGGUCCAGCAGGAGAAUGAGGACCUCAAAGCCCGCAUGGAUAGACAUGCUGCACUGUCAAGACAGCUGUCGACAGAGCAAGCAGUGCUGCAGGAAUCCCUUCACAAGGAGUCGAAGGUAAACAAGCGUUUGUCAAUGGAGAACGAGGAGCUGCUGUGGAAGCUCCACAACGGAGACCUGAGUAGCCCCCGCAAGGUGUCCCCCACCUCCACCUCCCCCUCCCACUCCUUCAGCUUCCAAUCACCUCGCAGCUCCGGCCUGUUCUCCAGCUCUCCUGUGUCACCCAGAUAACGAUGGGCCCACGCUUCAAGGAAGCAGACCCUCUCGUUUGAGUUAUCCCCCUGGAAUAAAGAGCCAUGUUUGUUUCCUUUUUACUUAGCAGCAGCCCGACAAUGGCUCCUUUAGGAUUGGAUGAACUAUUUGUACAGUGAUGCUACAGACUGUAAAAAAAAAAAAAAAAAAAAAAAAACUAAUAAGUUGCACAGAAGCACUUAAUAAGCAAGGACACCUUGUUUUUUGCCUGUCACACCUGAUAAUAUGGACGGGGGGAAAGGAAAUCUCAGGACUUCUAUGUAAUUAUACACUAUUUUUUGUCUUUUACUUGUUGGCAGAGGCUUGUCUUUCCUGAAGCUCAACACAUACAGAACAUGCAGUAAAAAAUACACCCAUGCAGGCGUUAUGACAACACAUGUGCAACCCUGCUGUGUGAGAGGUCGGCAAUAGAAAGUCUGAAUUCGAAAUAUCAAAUACAUGGAAUUGUUUCUGUUGGAUUCCUGCACCAUUUCUCACAGCUGACAGUCACAUUGUCAUAUUACCAACAUCCCACUGCUAGUGAGCACAGCAGGGGGUGUACAAGUCUCAAUCAGUUUCUUUGAGAUUAUGUUUUUUGUUUUUAAGUUUGGGGUUUUUUACAUUUAGGUUGGUAGGUUUAGGUUUCAUUCAUUCUGGCCUAAAACACGUUUUGUUUUUCAUGAGUCUUUGUUUCUUUGACCAUGGGACCAAUCCACGUCUUUGUGCAUGUGUUGGAGUCUUGUUAAUCAUCACCCUGAACACUCCUAAUGCUUUAAAGUCAGGGUCUUUGCAAAGAGAUAUCCAGAAUUAGCUUUACUUGUACAUGUCUGAGACAGUGCCUCUUAGAAAUGUAUCAAAGAGUAUUUUGUGUGGAAUUGGUAUUAUUGGUGUGUUGACCCUCUUUAAAUAUGCAAUUAAUAAUAAAGUAUUGUGUUAAACCUGGUA